GCUGAUAGACUCGUCGUAAUAUUGCUUUCCAAAACCUAUUUCGAUUUUCCCAGAGAAAACGUCAGGCACCAUUCAACAUGGGCUUGAAAUUCGCUAUCAAAAGCUAGUUAUAGCUGAAAUAUUGCUCUAAUUGUAGUGUUAUUGUUAUUUUAGUUUCAUUUUAUAUGUACAUUGUGUAACUCAUAAAUUAGUCGAAAAUGGAUACGUUUAUCUUAGGAUACUUCGGUUAUGGCGUUUGUUGAUCACUAAAUAAUUUCGUUCGGUUAAUAGUUUUCUUUCCAUUUGAUGUCUGCUUUUCGUUUCUAAUCGUUUGUUUUGUUCGUGUUUACGUGUUCUUUCGAAAUGGUUAAGGAAAAGCCUAAUUCAAUACGGAUAUACGACGAUGAGGGGUUUAGGCGCCGCGCGGCUUGUAUAUGCGUACGUUCGGACGCCGAAACGGAGGUGUUGCUUGUGACGUCUUCGCGUCGGCCUGACAACUGGAUUGUGCCGGGUGGAGGCGUGGAACCCGAAGAAGAACCGUCGGUGACAGCGAUGCGUGAAGUGUUGGAGGAAGCUGGUGUAAUCGGCAAGCUGGGACGAUGUCUUGGAGUUUUUGAGAAUCGAGAGCACAAACAUAGGACAGAAGUGUAUGUAAUGACCGUAACACAAGAGCUAGCCGAAUGGGAAGACUCUCGGCUAAUGGGCCGUAAACGGCAGUGGUUCUCCAUCGACGACGCGCUCGCGCAGCUCGCCUUACACAAGCCCAUCCAACGUCACUACCUGCAGCAACUCAAGAGGUCCAAACAAAACAAGCCAGAUGACCCAGGCAGUUAAGCUCCUACACCGUCUAGGUUAAGAUCAGACUAAGCAUUGCACUGCGUCAAUAAGCUUAGAUUUAUGCAGUGCCGUCUUAUGGUACAAUACAAUUGUCACUGGAUACUACCAUAACACUUAAUGAAAAAUGUAUUAAUUACCCAGCUCUUUAACACCAUACUAAACCAAUAUCAUACAGAUGAGCUUAAGAAUACUAUUUUGUAAUAAACAUCAUUAUACAUAGUUCGUAGUGAAUAAUAUUUUCAAUAGCUUUUGUUCUACUUGCCAUUACAAUAUAUUGACUAUUUGUAAUUCUAUGUUGUGACAUUUUUUGUGUUUUUGAUAUUGAAAAUAACUUAAGUGAUUGUUAUCUGCAUGUGCCCUUGAGUCUUAUUUAGUUUACAUAAAAAAUAUGACAAACUCAAUGCGGUGACUGUUGUGCCUCUCUUGUUUAUAAAGAGUAGAGAAAAAUCUGUGACUGGUGUUCUGUGUUAUUUUACAAGUUCAUUUUUUUAUGUUUUUUUCUAUGAACAAUAAAUUUUAAGGAAAAGUAAUGAAAAUCGACUGUAAAUAUUUGUGCGAUUUUUCUAGGGUUUAAAAGUAAUUUACGCGCCUUAUCACAUUUGGAUUUAACGUACAUAUGCAUAUAGCCAUAAAUCCACAACGGCACGGACACUAGAUGGCAUUGGACAUAAUUUUUCUGAAAGCAAAUAAACUCAUCAGGUAAUUAUUGUAAAAAAUGCAUAUGUUUGCGCCGUUGUGGCUUGACACCUUCAUUAUGCACACAAAAUAAAACAACUAAUUUUUAAAUCGAAAAUGUAAAUAAAUUUAUCUUAUAACUACUUAUAUAUAAACUUGUCAAAUAUACAACUAAGGCUAAUAUAACCACGGUAAUACUCAUGUCGCAAGUAUCUAUGAGAUUUAUCAUUGCAACAAAUAAGUUAUCAAAAUAGCUCAGAGUACCGGGUUUCAAAGGCAACAUUAUUUCUUCUAACAUCAAAGCACUUUGUGUCUUAAAAUUUUUUUUAAAUGAAGGUUUUAUUUCAAUAUUGUUAAAUUGUGAUAGAAAUUUUCUUGAAUUCUCGCCAGCAAUGUGAGUGUAUAACUAAAAAAUAAUUACUUAUGCAAAUAUUUCUGCAAGUUUGAAAUGUUUGACAACUUCCAAUUUUUCAGCAUUUUAUAAGUAAUAUUUAAUAUAAAAGACGAAUGGACAAUAACUUUCACUAUGUUAUGAUAGUUAAGAUUGCCAUUAUGAGUAUUAUAGAAACAAUUUAUUGGACAAAAUCUUUUGUGACAUGAAUAUUACCAUCAACUUUGAAUACGAGUCGCAAUUUUUAAAUCGAAAUUUGUAUAAUAAUUCAAUAAGAAAUACGACGAUUUUUUAAACUGCAAUCCAUCGAAUUGAUGAAAUUGCUGUUAUUUAAAAUAAAUACUAAAAUAAUUUAAGAAAAGCUAAAUUUUAUAGUGAGGGUCGAAGUUCUUUAUUUAAAUAAAUUUUGAACAUAAAGUGAGAACUUUUGUAUACAAUUGAUUUCUGAUGUGCUAGUUAGUAUAUUAAAAUUAUUUUCACGUAGUUCCUGUAAUAUCUUUAAUCCUAAUUUGAGGAUGAAUAAUAGAUUAAGACGGUACUGCAAAUUGUCUACGGCUUCACUGUUGUCUGCCUGGCUUGGUAGACAACUAUAAUCUAUCGCUAGACACGUAACUCUUGUAACAUCUCCUUUUGUCUAUUUUUACGUAUAUUUUUAUACAGCGAUGGAAUAAAUGUUAAUUUUAUUUUGUUAGCAUUAAAACGAAAAGACAUACAAUCUCUUACUUUUAUUUAAAUUAAUGUUUUUUUUAAGAUUCCUGAAUGAGUUUAAAAAAUAAAUUUUAUAUUGCUCUUCUGAA